CAUGUUGUCACAUAUGCUAAACUGGCAGUGAUACAAAGAUGAGUGCUCUAUCUAUCUCUAUGGUGGAAAGUCGACGCCAAACAAGGAAAUGUGACCACGUAUUCUUUGUUGUGACGAUUUUGAGAAUUUGUAACAUUAGCGAAAUGGCAGAGUUACGGUUGGAUUUAGACAGUAAUUUACAGUAUGGCCCUUUUGGCAGCGAUUUAGCGGAUAUUUGCAUUGACCAGGAUGGUGAAUGGGGUAGACAUCAACUUGUUUGAAGAACUUGAGAACCUAAGUGAUGCAGAGGAACUCCUUCAAGAAUUCGAGUUGACACCACGUGAUGAAACAGCACUGAAAGAGGUGAAUGACAUUAAUCUGUUACAAUGGAGAUCCUUCACCAGUGGAGAUACUGACACUUGCUGCACAGGUGUUGGAGUUCCUGGGUCCUCCCUAUCACCUGGAUCAGCACUCAGUGAUACCUCCUCACUGUCACCACUGUCUCUGAAACAGGAGGAUGCCGUGUCUGUGCAGCCUUUGCCGACAAUGCUCACUCCUGGAAAGAAAAUGCACAAGUGGGUCAGCCAAUCUCCCAGAGCCAAACCUACCAAGCGACCUGCCCACCCACCCCAGAGGGUGUCAAUCCAGCCCAAACCGCCCCCCUCUGUCCCUCUAACACAGCCUGUGGCCCCUUUUCUCAAAACCAGGACCAUUGUCAUCCAGCCCGUUAGCCUACAGACUGUGGUCUCAGUGGUCAAGGCACCACCGCCUGUGACCGUCCAUGCUACUGCCCCCUCUACUGCAGUUCACACAAUGCAUCUCAAGCCGAAACAGGUGAUUGGACCCCAGAUCACUUCCCCAGCCCCUGCCUUCCUCGCUGUCACCAACCAGGUGGUCACCAUGCCAACUGUCCCCCAUGUUACCAUGGGGACCACUGCCCUCACUGGCCAUGCCCAUCCCAUGACGGUGACCUAUCACAGCACAGCAGUGAACACUGAGGCGUGUGUGGUGCGGCGGCAGCAGAGGAUGGUGAAGAACCGUGACUCGGCCACACUCUCCAGGCUGAGGAGGAAAGAGGCCCAGCAGGCUCUGGAGGCCCGUCUCAGGGGGGCACUGUGUGAGAACCAGAGGCUGCUCCGGGAGAACGGAUCCCUUAGGACCCAGCUGGAUGGACUUCUCACGGAGAACACCGUUCUGAAGGUGACGGCUCCAAAGAGACGGGCUGUGUGCCUUAUGGUCGUCCUGGUCUUCUUCGUGCUCAACACGGGUCCCAUAAGUGUGUGGGAGUCAGAGGCCAGCAACUCCAGCCUGUCCACUGGGAAGCCACAAAGCAGCCGACAUCUGCUCAGCUUCUCCCCCGACCAACAACAGAGGCGAGGGGAGGAGACACCAGACCCACAGUCCCCACUGGAGCCCCUGGAGGCCCAGUACCCACAAUCCCACCAAUCCCAGGACAGGUGGGAGGAUUAUACCCCAGAGGAGAUGGCACUAGCUGUGGUCAAGAAGGAGUCUCUCCUGUUUGGGUCACCCUCCUCGCCCCCUUGCCAACCCCACUCUCCUGUCUCCAGGUCCAAGUCUCUCCGUCUGACUCAGAACUUGCGAGGCUGGGUUCAUCGACACGAAGAGGAGAGAACCAAGUCCACACGCUCUACCACUGAUCAGUCCAGACAUACAACAACAGAUCAGCACACAACCAAAACUGUCCUGAAGUCACCUGAGGAGAGACCCCAGAUGAACCAGUCCAGUAACUCCGUUGUAACAGUCCGCUACUCUGAUAGGCCAGGGAGUGAGGUUCAGGUGUACUACUCACGCCAUCAAAGCUACAGGGACUUCUUUGAUGAGUUAAAUCGACGAGGCGACACUUUCUACGUGGUGUCCUUUCGCAGGGAUCACCUUCUGCUCCCUGCAACUAACCACAGCAAGGGGAGCAGGCCAAAGAUGUCCUUGGUGUUACCAGCUAUUAAUGUGAAUGACUCUGUCAUCAAGGACGACACAUUUGAGGUGAUGAUGCAGAUUGACUGUGAGGUCAUGGACACCAAGAUCCUCCACAUCAAAACCUCCAGCAUCCCAGAGAUCCUACGCGCCAACACCACUGACUUCCAAUCCACCCAUGCCAACGGAAAGGCAUCAGCAUCGGUUGGUGUUCUAUCAGACUCUGCCUGAAAUUGGCCUUACCUAAAAGGCCUGGCAAUCUAAAAACCUAUCAUUUUAGCAUCAGAUUUGCACAUCCUCUGUCUUCCACAUUCCACAAGUCCUUGUGCCUCAGAUGUUCCAAAUCUAUUAAGACUUCUUAAGAAGUUGUCCAGCAACUGUUUACUUCCAUAUUGCUUGGUUUAGAGUGUCUGGUUCAUGUUAAAUGGACAGAAUGCCAGUGCAGGCAUCUACUGUAGGUCUUUAGGUAGAAUAAAUAGUGGACUUAAAGUUGAACCCUUUGGUAACCUUCACUGUCUUGACCCUACUGCUAUAGCAUUCUUUUAGAUGAGCAAAAAUGGAACUAAAUUGAAAAUAGCUUAAUACAAAACAUUCAUUGAUUCUGGACCCUAUUGAUGGAAUUGAGCCAUGUUAACAAGAUAUAUUGCACAUAUUUAAAAGUGAAUAGACCCAUCCUGUGAUAUUAUGCUUGUUGCUUUUUAAAGCCAUGUUGGUGACUGAGCAAAAUGAGACAUUCAAACAAUUAUACGCAAGACUCAUUUGUAUAUAUCAUACAAACAUCAUGUGAGAUGUGGCCAUGAUUUGCAUUAUUUGAAAUGUGUCAAACGAGGGUGUGAUAAUGACCUACUUUUGUUUGAGUCGCUUAAAGGUUUGUCAUGGUAUUUGCAGUACCUUCAAAAGGGUUUUCAGAAAUAAAACCAUGGACAGUAACAAGUCCUAAUAUUGA